GAGAGGAGAGAGAAAGACACACACGCAGAGACAAACGGGCGCUGGAAUUCCAUUAGAAAAAAAAGUGAGAGGAGCAAGGGUUAGUGGAGAAGAUUCCCCCCCCCCCCAUCUUUUCUUCGUCUUGGUGCGAAAGAAGCGACUCCUGUCUCCUGUCCUCGAAGCUCCCAUUGGAUUGUUUCUUGGCUUUCACACCCGUUGGUGGAUUUCUUUCAUUUUUUUGCAUUUUGUUCUGACCCCUACCCUAGUCUCUUCCUUCAGCCCUUCACUCUCACAUCGCUUCUUCCCCACCUCCCCAGUCCCCUUCUGGGAAGCGACUGGGAAUCGGACCCGCAGGAACUCGCGCCUUCCGGGACGAACUGAGAGGAGGUCUGACCUCAGGACUGGGCUGUUGGCUUAUAAAAACACAUAUAUACAGUAUAUACGUAUAUAUUUUAUCUUGGCUGGGAAGGGGGGCGUCGAGAGGCAGCCCACCGCCCUCCUUUCACCCCACCUCCUCCAGCCAGAGGCGAGAAUCGCAGGACUCAGGAUCUUCCUCGGGUGGACUAGCUGGGAUCUCCGCAUUGGAUUUGGGGCUGAUUAACACUGCUUGGCUAUUAGUAUUGUUGUUGUUGUUAUUAAUUUUUAACCCAAGGGAGAAAGAAAAAGAAAAGAACUGUGGGAUUUAUUUAACAUGAUCUUGGCAAACGCCUUCUGCCUCUUCUUCUUUUUAGACGAGACCCUCCGCUCUUUGGCCAGCCCUUCCUCCCUGCAGGGCCCUGAGCUACAUGGUUGGCGUCCCCCAGUGGACUGUGUCCGGGCCAAUGAGCUGUGUGCAGCUGAGUCCAACUGCAGCUCCCGCUACCGCACACUGCGGCAGUGCCUGGCAGGCCGGGACCGCAACACCAUGCUGGCCAACAAGGAGUGCCAGGCGGCCCUGGAGGUCCUGCAGGAGAGUCCGUUGUACGACUGUCGCUGCAAGCGGGGCAUGAAGAAGGAACUACAGUGCUUACAGAUCUACUGGAGCAUCCACCUGGGGCUGACAGAGGGUGAGGAGUUUUAUGAAGCCUCACCCUAUGAGCCGGUCACCUCCCGCCUCUCAGACAUCUUCAGGCUUGCUUCAAUCUUCUCAGGGACAGGGGCAGACCCGGUGGUCAGCGCCAAGAACAACCACUGCCUGGAUGCUGCCAAGGCCUGCAACCUGAAUGACAACUGCAAGAAGCUGCGCUCCUCCUACAUUUCUAUCUGCAACCGUGAGAUGUCGUCCACUGAGCGCUGCAACCGCCGCAAGUGCCACAAGGCCCUGCGCCAGUUUUUCGACCGGGUGCCCAGCGAGUAUACCUACCGCAUGCUCUUCUGCUCCUGCCAAGACCAGGCGUGUGCUGAGCGCCGCCGGCAGACCAUCGUGCCCAGCUGUUCCUAUGAAGACAAGGAGAAGCCCAAUUGCCUGAACCUCCGUGGUGUGUGCCGGACCGACCACCUGUGCCGGUCCCGGCUGGCAGACUUCCACACCAAUUGUCGUGCCUCCUACCAGACACUCACUAGCUGCCCUGCGGACAAUUACCAGGCAUGUCUGGGCUCCUACGCUGGCAUGAUUGGAUUUGAUAUGACACCCAACUAUGUGGACUCCAGUCCCACUGGCAUUGUGGUGUCUCCUUGGUGUAGCUGUCAUGGGAGUGGCAACAUGGAGGAAGAAUGUGAGAAGUUCCUCAAGGACUUCACUGAAAACCCAUGUCUCCGGAAUGCCAUCCAAGCCUUUGGCAAUGGCACAGAUGUGAACCUGUCCCCUAAGAACCCCUCAUUCCAGGCCACCCAGGCCCCUCGGGUGGAGAAGAUCCCAUCUCUGCCAGAUGACCUCAGUGAUAGCACUGGCCUGGGGACCAGCGUCAUCACCACCUGCACUUCCGUCCAGGAGCAGGGCUUGAAGGCCAAUAACUCCAAAGAGUUAAGCAUGUGCUUCACAGAGCUCACUACAAACAUCAUCCCAGGGAGUAACAAGGUGAUAAAACCCAACUCAGGCCCCAGAAGAGCCAGACCAACGGCUGCCUUGACUGCUCUCUCCUUAUUGAUGCUGAAACUGGCCUUGUAGGCCCUGGGAACCACAUUGGAAGAUUUCUGGAAGCUUCACAAACAAGAAACACCCGCCUGACAAACUGGAAACAC